AUGUCGGAUUCCGAAGCAAGUAAUGCUUCUGACACCGGAUCGGAUGAGGGAUCAUUGAGUUCCAACAAAUCGCAAAGAAGUGCCCGUUCGCGCUCACGUUCACGUUCAGUUUACAGGUCGCGUUCUGGUUCUCGGUCUAAAUCGCCAUCUAGAUCUCGGUCGCAUUCUCGUUCAGACGGUUCGGGUUCAGAAGAUGAGAGCCCCUCUCGUAAUAGACAGCGUAAAAGUCGCAGCCGGUCCGGUGAUGAAGAACCUGAGGAUGGUGAAGAUCUUGAUGGCGAUGAAGUUGAUUCUGAGUAUGACGAAGAAGAAGAUGAAGACGAUGAUCGCCCAAGGAAGAAGAAGAAGAAAGAACGCUUUGGAGGGUUCAUUAUAGACGAAGCCGAAGUUGACGACGAGGUCGAUGAAGACGAUGAAUGGGAAGAAGGAGCUAAUGAACUUGGAAUUGUGGGUAACGAGAUUGAUGAGUUAGGCCCUACAGCACGCGAUAUAGAAAUCCGACGUCGUGGCACUAAUUUAUGGGACACUCAAAAAGAAGAUGAAAUCGAAGAAUAUUUACGAAAGAAAUAUGCUGAUGAAUCUGUCGUCAAAAGACAUUUUGGAGAUGGUGGCGAAGAAAUGUCGGAUGAAAUCACUCAGCAGACUCUGUUACCGGGCAUUAAGGACCCUAAUCUAUGGAUGGUGAAGUGCCGCAUUGGUGAAGAAAAAGCCACUGCACUUCUAUUAAUGCGAAAGUUUUUGACUUAUUUAAAUACUGACGAGCCCUUGCAAAUUAAAUCUGUUGUGGCUCCCGAGGGAGUUAAAGGUUAUAUUUAUCUGGAGUCUUACAAACAAACGCACGUAAAAACGGCUAUAGACAAUGUUGGUAACUUACGGAUGGGCAAAUGGAAACAGGAGAUGGUACCCAUCAAAGAAAUGACAGAUGUAUUAAAAGUUGUGAAGGAGCAGGUUGGAUUAAAAGUAAAGCAGUGGGUGCGGUUAAAACGUGGUCUUUAUAAGGACGAUAUUGCUCAAGUUGAUUAUGUGGAUCUGGCACAAAACCAAGUGCAUUUAAAACUGUUACCCAGAAUUGAUUAUACGCGCAUGCGUGGUGCUCUAAGAACUACAGCAACGGAAUCUGAUGAUUCUAAACGCAGAAAGAAACGUAGACCGACAGCAAAGCCUUUCGAUCCGGAGGCCGUUAGGGCUAUUGGUGGUGAAGUUCAUUCAGACGGUGACUUUUUGCUUUUUGAGGGUAAUCGUUAUUCGCGGAAAGGAUUUUUGUAUAAAAACUUUACAAUGUCUGCAAUUUUGGUUGAUGGUGUGAAGCCUACGUUAGCAGAAUUAGAACGUUUUGAAGAGCAACCAGAAGAUGUUAAUUUGGAGAUCGUUGCCGGUUCGAAGGAUGACCCAACAAGCACACAUUCCUUCUCAAUGGGCGAUAACGUGGAGGUUUGCGUGGGUGACUUGGAAAAUUUACAAGCAAAAAUUAUUGCAAUAGAUGGUGGCAUGAUAACUGUAAUGCCGAAACAUCAAGACCUUAAGGAUCCCCUGAUAUUUAAAGCCAGUGAAUUGCGUAAAUUUUUCAAAACUGGUGAUCACGCCAGAGUUUUAGCGGGACGUUAUGAAGGAGAAACUGGUUUAAUUAUACGUGUGGAACCAAUGCGCAUUGUAUUGGUAUCAGAUUUAACAAAUCAUGAAUUGGAAGUAUUGCCCCGUGAUUUGCAGCUUUGUUCUGAUGUGGCCACAGGCGUCGAUUGCUUGGGACAAUUUCAAUGGGGCGAUUUGGUGCAACUUGAUCCCCAAAAUGUUGGAGUCAUUGUGCGUUUGGAACGAGAGAAUUUCCAUGUUUUGGGUAUGCAUGGCAAAGUUAUUGAAUGUAAGCCGACUGCGCUACAUAAGCGGCGAGAAAACCGUAAUACAAUAGCUCUGGAUGCAGAUCAAAAUCAAAUAAGACGACGCGAUAUAGUUAAAGUAAUGGAAGGACCACACGCCGGUCGAUCUGGAGAAAUCAAACAUCUUUAUCGCAGUUUAGCUUUCCUGCACUGCCGGAUGUACACGGAGAAUGGUGGCAUAUUUGUUUGUAAAACUCGUCAUUUGCAGUUGGCAGGUGGAAGUAAGAGUCAGGCAAAUAAUGCUGGCACACUUGGUGGCUUCGGGUUUAUGUCGCCACGCAUACAAUCGCCUAUGCAUCCUUCUGGAGGACGUGGAGCUCGUGCGGGUGGAAGGGGAGGCCGCGGCGGUUUCCGUGUAACUCGCGAUCGGGAAAUUUUAGGAAAAACUAUUAAGAUUAGCGGCGGGCCGUAUAAAGGCGUUGUCGGUAUUGUUAAGGACGCUACGGAGAGUACAGCACGUGUUGAACUGCAUACUUCGUGCCAAACUAUAUCAGUUGAUCGCAAUCACAUUGCUAUGGUAGGAGUACCUGGAAAGGAAGGUGGAAGUGUAUCGACUUAUGGUCGUACUCCAGCACGUACACCUGGAUAUGGCUCUCAGACACCAGUGUAUGCAGCAGUGGGUUCGAAGACACCGCUGCUUGGAAAUCAAACUCCCAAUUGGGAUUCAGAAGGUCGUACACCUUACAGUGGUACAAUGACACCGUCGCAUGAUGGUAGCAUGACUCCACGUCAUGGAGCUUGGGAUCCAAGCAUAGCAAAUACUCCGGCACGCACUAACGAUUUUGAUUACACUUUGGAAGAACCUAGCCCAAGUCCUGGCUACAACCCAAGUACACCAGGCUAUCAAAUGAAUACCCAAUUCGCACCACAAACGCCUGGAACUUUAUACGGAUCGGAUCGUAGUUACAGUCCCUUUAAUCCAAGCCCCAGUCCGGCACCAUCACCGUAUCCAGUUGGUUAUAUGAAUACACCAUCUCCAUCGAACUAUUCCCCAAAUACACCAGGCGGUAACCCGCAGUCGCCAUAUAAUCCACAAACUCCGGGAGCAAGCUUGGACUCGCCAAUAGGCGAUUGGUGCACAACCGACAUUGAAGUUAAAAUUCAUACGCAUGACGAUGCUGAUCUGGUUGGACAAACGGGCAUUAUUCGUACAGUUUCGAACGGAGUGUGCUCUGUUUUCUUGCGUCAGGAGGAUCGCAGCGUGUCUAUUGUAAGUGAACAUUUGGCACCGGUACCACCAGAAGUUGGCGACGAAUUCAAAGUUAUUUAUGGAGAUGAAAGAGAAUCGGUGGGAAAGGUUAGAUCUAUUUCGGAUAAGGAUACCGUUUUUUGUCAUAUAAAUGACGAGAUGAAAUUGCUACCAACAGCUUACUUGUGCAAAAUGAAGUCUAUUGAUUAAAUAAACGCGACUGAAGAAUUUAAAUUACUUAACCACUGUAAUGUACGCGAUGUUGGAUAUUAAAAUAAAAGAAAUCCCAACAAAA